AUGACAAGUGAACAGAAACGGCGCCUCGUUCAGAGCUGCCAGAUGCUGCCCGAUGUGGUGUCCACAGAACAGCAGUCUCUGGUGCUUGUGAAGAGACUUCUGGCCAUUGCCAUCUCAAGCAUCACUUACUUGAGGGGUCUUUUCCCAGAAAAGUCCUAUGGGAACAAAUAUGUUGGUGAGCUGAAAGUCCUGAUACUGCGAGAGCAUAGCUGCCCUGGCGCUCAGCAGAUUGUUCAAUGGUUGCAGGGAUGUUUUGAUGCUCUUCAAAGAAGAUAUCUACGCAUGGUUCUUCUAUCAAUUUAUUGUGAUCCAGACAAUCCACAGAAAGUAACUGAAUGUUACCAAUUUAAAAUCAAGUACACAGAGAAGGGUCCACAGAUGGACUUUGAGAGCAAAAACGGUGGAAGUAUGACUAAAUUAGCCUGUGAAAAUACACAGACGUCCAGCAUGCUGUUGGUGCGUAAGCUUUACAUGCUGAUGCAGAAUCUCGGCCCGCUGCCUGACAAUGUCUGCCUUAACAUGAAGCUCUUUUACUAUGAUGAAGUGACCCCUCAGGAGUAUCAGCCACCUGGCUUUAAGGAAGAUGAUAGUGAGACGCUGUUAUUUGAGAGGGAACCAGUAAAUCUGACAAUGGGUGAGGUGGUUACACCGUUUCACAGCCUCCGAAUGAAUGUUACCACUGAGCGGAGUAGACUUGAGCCGGUGGAUGACGAGGUGGUAGUAUGUGGAAGUACAAAAUGGUCUUUGAAAUUGUUUGAGGAUGGAAUAAUGUCUGAGACCUCCGUUCAGCAGGAGUACCUAACAAAGGAGAAAGUCAUCACUGAUGCCGGCAUUGAAUACUCGGAAACUCAAGAAAGCCCUGAACAGGCUCACAGAAGGAACAAGGAAAAUCUUAUAACAAAUGCCAAGAUUGACAAUCUGGUUAGAAAAACUGCUGAUCUUAAGGUGUGUGCAAGGAAGACCAGGAGUGGACGCAUCUUUGAGCCUCAGAUCUCACAGUUUGAGUUCCCGCUAAGCCAAGAACCUCAGCCAUCUGUCCGGAAGAAGCGCAAAUUCAGUGUACCUAAAUGACACUAGUGACACAUUGACAAUACUUACAUUAGUCAAAUUGC